UAGGACCGGUUGCAUCGGAGGAGGAAGCGGAGUCAUUGCGUAAUUGUUGCUGGGGGAUAUAGAGGGAGCUCUUGCAACACCCGCGCGCGCCGGGAUCGCUCAGCAGCAGAGCUGAGCGUGCUUAUUAAUCCGGGAGGGCGCUCACUCCAGCUGAUCACUCAAGUCUACCGGACUUGAGAAGGGAUCGGAAUCGGGUGGAGGAGGAGGGCAGCAACUCUCCAAGAAGUCCCUUCUCCCUCCUGAUCUUCCAAGUAGCAGUAGCUGGCUUUUGCUUCCUUGCAACUUCAUUGCGGGGGAUCUGCACUCUGCAGCCGCCCGGCUCGCGGUUUUUUGUUUUGAUUUUUCCGGCGCAGGCAGCUGGUGCAACAACCGCAAAGGCUGGAGUUUGCAAAAUCCAAAUAAUGCAGCUGCCGAGAAGCGGCGACAGCGGCUUCUCCUGCUGCUGCUGCCUCCCGCGGCGGGUCGCCUGGCCGGCUUGUCGCUGCUCGGCUGCCGUGCGCCCCCGCCUCUGACUGCCGCGGGCUGCGCGCCUGGAUUACCGAGCGCGGACUGGCAUGGAGAGGUCGGCGAGCGCCGGGCGGCGCGGCUGAAAAGCUCGCCUCUCUGCGCCUUCCCUAGCCGCCGAGUACAGCUCGCUUAAUCCGAAAAGCCUCCUUCUUCCGCUUGCCAAGCCAUGGAAGAUUGCUCCGUGCCAGAUCUCCGAGACGUCGAGCUCAAGCUGGGGCGCAAAGUCCCCGAGAGCCUGGCGCGCUCCUUGCGCGGGGAGGAGCCCGCCGUCUCCCUCGCCAGGGAAAAAGAGCCCGAGCAGCCCGCCGGAGGGCCUGCCACCCCCGGCUUCUGCGCCUCCCUGGGCCCCAGAGCCGCCAUACUCCGCAGCAGGAGCUCCAGCGCCUUGGAGAGACUGGAGACCAAACUGUACCUCCUCCGGCAAGAAAUGGUUGAUCUCCGAGCCACAGAUGUCAAACUAAUGCGGCAGCUACUGAUCAUUAAUGAAAGCAUCGAAUCGAUCAAGUGGUUGAUUGAAGAAAAAGGGACGAUCACCAGCAGGGGCAGCAGUUUGAGCGGCAGCCUCUGCAGCUUGCUAGAGAGUCAGGAGACCUCGCUGAGAGGCAGCUACAACAGUUUGCAAGACGGCAGUGAUGGGCUGGAUGGAAUCUCCGUGGGGAGCUACCUGGACACUUUGGCGGACGAUGUCCCCGGCCAACGUACUCCUUCAGACAUGGACCAGUUCAGUGACUCUUCUCUUAUAGAUGACUCACAGUCCCUCCAUAAACAUCCCAAGAUUGAGUCCGACGAGUACUACUGUUUUGGUUGAUGAAAGGAGAACUUUAGGAGGGACACAUGUGCACUUGUAUUUAUGAUUCUUCUAUGCUGCUAUUUGUUUUAAGCAUUUUGAAAGCACCUUUUAAAACACAAUCUAUUUUAAACCUGCUUUAGUCUCUCUGCGGUUGCUCCUAGAUUUUUUUCCCCCUCCUGGGUGGUUUUCCUCCUCCUCCUCCAAUCUCUCUCUCUCUCUCUCUCUCUCUCUCUCUCUCUCUCUCUCUCUCUCUCUCUCUCAUCUUAAUUUAUUGCUGUGAUUUCUUUCUUCUCUUUUAUAAUAUAACUUUUGACCAUUUUUUACAAAAAUAUAUCUAUAUAUAAAGGUGAAGGAAAUUAAUUUUAACUUCAACGCAAAGUGUGGAGAUGAACUUUUGCUGAAUUCUACAUCUGAUUGACAAUAAAACGCUUUCUAUUAUCCGUU